UAAAAGAAAGCUCGCCUGGACCUGUACAGUUUUACAGCAAACAAACAAAAAAGAAAUAUUAUUAGAAAUGUCUCUGCCUCGUUGGUACACUAUACCUAAAACUGGACGCCGACCCCAAACAGAAAAGAAAGUUAUAUUUAAGGAAGAAUGGCCUAUGCUUUUAGAUAACCAAGUUUCAACAAGAAGAGGGAAGGAAAAAGAUGUCCCAUGUCUCAAGGAAACACUUGCCUUUAUUACCUGUUUAAAGGAUAAUAACAAUUCUCAUGAAUUAUGCAAAUCUCAAGGAGAAACUGUGCAAAGAUGUUAUCAUAAUCAUAUAAAAUUUCAAGAAGAAAUGAAGCACAAGAAGAAAACUGCUGGAGAUUUCAUGCCUGAAAUCAGUGCCAAGAAUAUGGAUCCAGUUCAAUUAAAUAAAUUUUUGUCACAUUUUCCACAUAAGUUAAAGAAACAUUAAAUAUCUAGUGUUUGUAAAUAUAGUGAGAUAUUAAUAAAAUCAAAUUUGUUUGUGU